AUGAAGCGCGAGGAGAAGCCGCAUUGGCGAAGCCACAAGCAGCCACUGCAGCGCUCGCCCCGAGCUCGUCAGGAAAUCGGCGCCAGCGCCAGCGCCAGCGGCAGGGAGACCUGGCUGACGAUUGCGCUCAAAAUCUCCUACUUCUUGCCGGGGCUCAUACUGGGAUUCACGCUGGGAUUGUGGACAGAGCUUCCAAAGAAUGCCGGCAAGGCUCUUUUUACCCCCGCUGCUCCUCGUUCUGGUAGCAAGGCUAGAAGAGGCAAUGCUGCUGCGUCUGGAUCGUCCAGCUCUAGCGGUAGCAGCGUUAUCAACUCGGAUCAAACUGGCGAGCUCAAAAUGGUGUUUGUUGUGCGAAUGGAUUUGAAGAUGGGAGGAGGAAAGAUUGCCUCUCAGUGUGCUCAUGCAGCAGUGGGCAUAUACAGCGAUCUCAUGCAAAGGAAUGAUCUGAAAGCAAAAGCCGAGAGAGCCGGACUGCCAACUUUUACAAUCGCCGAUGCAGGUCGCACUCAGGUAGCAGCAGGCUCGAAGACGGUGCUGGUGAUUGGACCAGGUUUCACACAUUUUCCCUCGUUCGAUUUUGCGUAA